GCUAGCGUUGCAUUUAAAAUCUCUCAUCGUCACCGUAUAUGUAAAAAAAAGAGAAAAAAAAUUAUUACAAAUAUACAUUCAAAUUACGAUCUUUUUUAAGCUGGCCGAAUUGUUCUAGUAAAAUGCCCCAACGAAGUAAAUAAAGCAGCACCAUGAUCAGUAAAUAAAGUUGUAGGGUGGCAUAGAGAGUGGAAAUAAUCAAUAAAACUUUUUAACAAAAAUUGUUAUCUGGUUCUUUCACCUCCUGUAAAUUUUAUAUAUUACACUCGAUAUGGCUUAUAGUGUGAAAAUCAAAAACAAAUUGGAAGAAAUUAUAAUUUCCAAAGAAAACUUUACUCAGAUUUGUAGAUCUUGUUUGUUUGGAAAUGCAGAGACACAUUUGUUUGAGUUUGAAUACGAAGGCAACAUGUUGAGCACUAUUUACACAUCGCUUUAUUCAGUAGAGAUAUCGAAAAACGACGGUUUGCCAAGUAGUAUAUGCCAGAACUGUGUGGACAAUAUCAAAUUGUUUAAUUCUUUUAAGACGACUGUUUUAAAUUCAGAGAAUAUAUUAAAAAAUAUUUGUGAUAAGGAGUUUGAAACUAGGCCAACCCAAAAAAAAGAUUGCGACUUUUCUGAAAAUGCAGAUCCAAAACCGAUCAACAGUCCAAAUGAGCAAAAAGUUGAAAAAGAAGAAUUGCCUGCUUGCUGUACCAUUUGCAAUAAAACUGUCAGUACAGAUAGGAUAGCAAGGCACAUGAAGCUACAUAGCAAGACUGGAGAAUCCUAUCAGUGCGAGAUUUGCGGCAAAAAAUACCAAACCCGGAGAAACCUGGCCCGGCAUAAACUGUCCCACACUGGUUUGCCUCACGUUUGCGAACUCUGUGGCAGAGGUUUCCGCGAAUCCCAUCUAUUAAAAGAGCACCACAACAUCCAUAGUGGCGUCCAUCCCUACCUCUGCAGCCUGUGCGGCAAACGUUAUCCUACCAGCAGCGCCCUGAGGCUCCAUAAGCGGUACACGCAUCAGGGCAUAAAACCGAAGGUUUACAGGUGCCCCAAGAAAGCAAAUACCCAGUCGAAAACGAAUAGGGGAGGCGGCUCUUUCCCAUGCGAGAUAUGUGGCAAAGUAUAUGCGUCCAGGACUAUCGUGAAUUACCACAUUUUGACUCAUAGCGACGAGAAAAAGUUCCAGUGCAACGCCUGCGGGAAAAUGUUUGCAAACAAGAGCAUAUUAGGGGAUCACCGGCGGAUCCACCGAAUGUCCUACAAGUGCAAGUUUUGCGAACGCACUUUUGCGUACGCGGCGUCGCUCGAAACGCAUCUGAAUUCCCAUACCGGUGCCAAACCACAUGCUUGUACGUUGUGUGACAAAAGGUACUCGAACCGGAGCCAUUUGAGGGAACACGUACGUCAGCAUACGGGGGAACGACCCUACACGUGCGACGAAUGCGGCAAAAAGUUCGCCGUGCGCGGGAACCUCAACAGUCAUCGCAGGACGUGCAAAUGACACGCGCU